GAGCAAUAUUAUCGCUUGUGUACGUGAUAAUAAUUCUGGAGGUAUGGGAGUGAAACAGUCGAUGAAUUUUGGGUUGUUAUGGUUUUUAUGUUUGCAGGGAGGACUGCUUCUUUGCAUUAUGGCUCAAACUGAUAACUUCCUCUUUAUUGUGGACGAGGCGAAGAUUCCAAGACUGUGCCAGCCGGCGCAGAUCUUGCUUACUGUAAAUGGAACGUUUCCUGGCCCCAAUAUUACAGUUACUAGAGGAGCUACCGUAAAUGUUACUGUGCAAAAUAAGGGACCCUAUCCUAUCACCAUCCACUGGCAUGGAGUGAAGCAACUCCGAAAUCCAUGGUCAGAUGGUCCCGAGUACAUUACACAAAAUCCGAUUCCACCAUAUGAAGGAAGCUUCAACUAUACCCUUAGAUUUUCAGAUGAAGAAGGAACUUUAUGGUGGCAUGCUCAUAGUGAUUGGUCUCGUGCCUCCGUACACGGCGCCAUCAUUGUAUUGCCGGCUCCAACUAAGAAGUACCCUUUUGAGCCUCAGCCUGAUCAUAAUCGAACAAUUAUUCUUGGAUCAUGGUUCAAAUAUGAUAGAAACUUGACGCAACAGUAUCUGGACUCCCUAAUCUCGGGAGGUGAUGUUGAUCCAGCAGAUUCUUACACAAUCAACGGUUAUCCAGGACAACCUGGAGCUUCUUGUGACGACAUAGACAUAUUGCAAGUUGAUAGCGGAAAAACGUAUCAUCUCCGCAUAAUCAAUGCGGUGAUGGAGGAGGAAAUGUUCUUUGCAAUUUCCGGUCACACAUUCACGGUUGUCGGACUCGACGGUGCAUAUCUCACUCCGAUACCCACAAACCACAUCAUGAUAACUCCUGGCCAAACAAUGGACAUAUUGCUCACUGCGAAUCAGUCUUCGGGUAAUUACUAUAUGGGUGCAAGUGCUUUUGUCCACGCCGGACGUUCUGACCCCAUCGACUUGCCGGUAACAAGAGCAAUUAUUAAUUACAGCGACUAUACUGGCUCUGUAAUUCAGGAUGAUCUUGUUGGCCAGCUUCUUCCAACUGAUAUAAAAAAUGUGAGUUAUGCAAACGAAUUCACCGACAGAAUCAGGGGAUUGACAGGCAACCCAGAUUACCCGAUUACGGUCCCCACUGUUAUCAAUAAGAACUUCCUCAUCACAAUUUCUGUGAAUUCAGUUGCUUGUAUAUUUCAACCUAGCAAUUGCACGGGGCCACCAUACAUUGAUGGUACGGGCGGGAUGCACACUGCAUCCUUAAACAACCAACGUUUCGUCACCAAAGAAAUCAAUAUACUGCAGGCAUAUCGCUGCAAACUAGAAGAUGUCUACACCGAGGAUUUCCCAGCCACACCACCCAAGCCAUUUGACUACAAUGCAGCUGAUACGGGUGAUAAUGAAGCAGUUCCAACUGUAGGUACGAAGGUGAUGACUGUUAACUAUGGAGAUGCAGUUGAAAUAGUUUUUCAAGGAACCAACGUUGGGAACGCAGAGAACCAUCCGAUGCAUAUUCAUGGAUAUAACUUCUAUCUGGUUGCUAAUGGUUCUGGAAAUUUCGGUUCUUCAUCUGUAGAGUAUAGGUUGGACAAUCCAGCUCAAGCCAAUACCUUUGGAGUCCCUAAGAAUGGAUGGCUCGCUGUUAGAUUCCAGGCUAACAAUCCUGGAGUGUGGUUUCUACAUUGCCAUUUGGAAAGGCAUGCUACCUGGGGUAUGGCCGGAGUUCUCAUCGUGAAGAAUACAACUACUGACGUGGACCAGACUCUUACGGAUCCCCCAGCAGGCUACCCUCCUUGUCCGCUCCUUAAUUAACUCCUAAUUUAUUGUUAAUUAGGAGGGCAAUUGGUCAGGGCCUAUCAAAUAAAAUGUUUUGUUUUUGCUUUAGUUAUGUUGUUGGUGAAAACGAACUCAAGUUCCAGUCCAUAUCGAUCAAGAAGCUGGCUACAAUGGAAAAUUUAAGUACUGUAUGGUCCGACCAUGCAUGGUAGUUUGUAAUCCUCCAAUGUAAAACU